AUGUUGCUUCUAAGGUCCUCACUUUCGGUGGAGAUCUCUUUCUUGAUCGCGAUUUUCGCUUUUUCUACAUACGCGGACGUGUUUGUGCAAGUAAAUCUGAAUCGGCCAUUCAAUGAUGUGAAUGAGAAAUUUGUUAGUUUUGCCGUGGAACCCGCCGAUUUAUAUAGAGCGCUCGAUGGACCAAAUAGGAAAGUGCUAACGCAUAUGGCUACGAUGCUGGGAAGUUCUUAUGUGAAGUUUAUAAGCGAUUACAAUUUCAUAUCUAACACAGAAACGAAUUAUCGAAAUCCUACAAAGACUAUAUGGAAAGGGUUCAACCGCUGGACGAGUGCGGUAAACUGGACGAUGGUCGUACCGAUUCCACAUAGUUCCGGUGAAUGGGAUCCUAUGGAGUCCCUGAGAAUUUUAAAUAGUUCCUAUUUAACAGGCAUAACCGAUUGCAUUUGGCAAUUGGGUACAGAGUUUGGUCCGGGUAUCAAAGAAUAUUUUAAUGACUUGAACACUUUGAACUUGAUAGUGGAUACAUUCAAUCCUUAUGUCGAUGACUGGGAAGUUACCGGUGCUGAAAUACCUUCGGGCAGCAGUAGCGAAGAAGUUAAGCGAUAUAUUGAGAUGUCGAGAGACAUUAAUGCUGCUUUUAAUUGGCUGCAGCCAGCCGAUUCUGCCACCACAAAUACUAUGAUCGGCUCAGUCUAUGAACACGAUCGCACCCUGCGUGCCAUGUUCAGCGAGAAGGUACCUGUUUGGCUAAAUUUCGCCUCUAAGGAUCGACCAAAAAAAUCGACACAGAGAGGCACCACUGGUAGCAGCAGCAGCAGCAAAACCAAUGCAGAGGAUGUCACAGAUGUGUUACGCUGGGCGCAGACUCUCGGAGAUGCGGCAACCUCUGGUUUCGACGCCGUUUUCCGCCGCAUUGAUCAAGAUGACUUGGAACGCCCUGGUCCCAGCUUUUUCGUAACUAUGCUAUUCAAGAAAAUUAUGGGCUCACGGGUGUUCCCUGCCCGACCUUUUACCAUAUUCCUGCGCAGCAAUAAAUUAUAUACCCAUUGUGCUAAUACAAUUUCGGGCGGUAUAGCCUUCAUGAUUGUCAAUCCUGAUGAUGAUACCAAGCACGUGACCGUAAGUUCUUCCACAAAACUACCUGGUGAGGAGUACUGGCAGUAUAUCGUAACAUUUAAAAAGAAUCAGGCUUAUUUGAACAACGAGAGACUGAACAUGAACUUCACAUUAACGCCUCAAGUCAAGACUAAUAGUCCAAAUAAAGCAUUGCAAUUGAGUGCACCCGGGAAAUCCGUUGCGUUCUGGGUGCUACCGAAUGCUGAGCUGGAGCAUUGCCAGUUCACAGAGAUCGAUAUUGACGAAUUGGCGCGCGAAUCGAUGGAGGAGGAGGAAAAGGCGAGUAAACGCAUUUCCUCGUCCGAUAAGCUAUUGCAGCAGCUAAUACAGGACACGGCACUCGCUCACUCUGCUCCAACAAAAUCCAACCACCGCAGACGUCGCUAUGCCACCUUUGCCAAUCGCGGUGCCAGACAUGUUGUGCUGGAUGACAAUGGUGAACAUUCCGAGACUUUGGCCAAACUUUUCGAACCACUAUCCCUGGAGGAAAAGACACCCAAAAAGAGAGAAGAAGUGCUAGAAGAUAGACGGUCUGCUGCACUCAAGUGGAUUAAGGAGCUACUCGACACAGCACUGCAAGAUCGCGAGGAUUUGUUUUCACUAAAGCGAAAUACUCGCAGCGUCGACGAUUACUUUGGCGCCAUCUUUGGUGCGAGAGGCGGCAAGAAGAAGUCGGCUAUAGUAAAGAAAAUUACAGAAAUACGCAAACCAGAAAAGAAAUCCAUUAAAUCGUCAUACGACCCAGAAAAUUUCAAUGAGGAAGAGUUU